GUGGUCUUUCGAAAUCCUUACUAAUUUACAAUCGUCCGAUAACGAGUAGUGCAACGAAGGGAACGAGAAGGGUUUCGCACCUCGAUUCCGAGGCAAUUCCUCCUCGAUGGCUCAAUCAUUCACAUGGUUUCCCGUGAACCACCUUGGCAGCACAAAGAGCAACGAGCGCCUCCAAACCCCGUACGAGUAUCCUUCGGUGCCACUGUGUUCUGCAAACGAUGUGCAGCUGCGCUUUCUCUGCCCGGACGAUCUUGAGGAGGUGCGAACCCUGUGCCAGGACUGGUUUCCGAUCGACUAUCCGCUCUCGUGGUACGUGGACAUCACCUCGAGCACGCGCUUCUUCGCCCUGGCCGCCAUUUACAACUUUAGCAUCAUCGGGCUGAUUGUGGCCGAGAUCAAAUCGUACAGCAAACUCAACAAAGAGUGUACGUUUUUUUUUUCGCAGGAUCGAGGCAUUCUACCGGAGUCGAUGGGCCGGGAAGCCGAAAUCGGAUACAUUCUGUCCCUCGGUGUCCAUCGAAAGUACCGCCAAAAUGGCAUCGGUUCGCUGUUGCUCGAUUCUCUCAUCAACCACCUGACGACCGCCGAACGGCACAAAGUGAAGGCGAUCUUUCUGCACGUGCUAACCACCAACCGGACCGCCAUACUGUUUUACGAGCGACGAGGGUUUGUGCUUCAUUCCUUUCUGCCUUAUUACUACUCGAUUCGUGGAAAGUGCAAAGAUGGUUUCACCUACGUGUCCUACAUCAACGGCGGCCAUUCACCGUGGAGUUUAUACGAUUAUUUGAAGUACUGGUGCUCGCAGAUCCUAACCGCAGGUGGACUUUGCCCGUGGAUCUGCGGACGGAUGCGGACAGCGCUUCGUUGGGUGUGCUAUCGCACCGUUGGGCGGUUCCAUCUGCAGCAAGACGAAUGA